AUGCAACUACUUAUCCACCAUCUGUUUUCUGUUGCUUGUUUAGUGAAUGUGAUGAAAGAAGGUUCUAUCGUGGACAUUGCCAAUGCAAAUAUUGAAUUGCAGAAAGGAUCAAUGAGGCUUAUUUUGCCUUUCGAUAGGACGGGAUCUGUUAAAGCAGCAGCAGCUGAAGCUGCAGAUAUCACUGUGAAUGAAGACUGCAACUUUUCACUGAUUGAAUUUGAUUCGGUCUCUAUUGUAGAAUCUUGA